AUACCGGUAAAACACGGUCUAUAAAUGGUCGGAAAAAUCAAUCCUUUGUCAGAAUUCUCCUCCUCCACCUCCUCCUGCUUCACUGCCACCAAUUGCAAAAUAGCCUGUCCUCUCCUCUCCUCUACUCUACACCUCCAUCUCUCUGUGCAUGGCAGUGAGUUUACUGGCCCGUGAGGUAUCUGACCUAUGCCUUGGAAAGCCUGCGCUUAGGUCUCUCUCCGUCUCUGCAACCGUCGGUGAUGCGCUGUCUUCUCUCAGGAGAUUCGGUGACCCGUAUUUGAGUGUCUGGAGUUGUGAUCACCACUGUAACGCUUCAAGAUCUAAGGUUUCUGAUGUAAAUGAAUGCCGUUGUAUUGGUAAAGUUUGCAUGGUGGAUGUCAUUUGCUUCUUGUGUGAAGAAGACAAUCUGAAAAAUCCAGGGAGUGCUCUUCAGGAACCUGUCUCUGUUAUCCUUCCCAAGGUUCCUGGCCUUGUGAGGCACUUGGAGCCGAACGCAAGCUUGUUGGAGGCUAUAGAUCUCAUCCUUGAAGGUGCACAGAACCUUGUGAUACCAAUUCACAGUCCCUUCUCAAGAAAAAAGCUGAUACACAAACCAUCGUCAAACUCCACCCUCCAUGACAAUCGUGUUCAGUACUGCUGGCUUACCCAAGAAGACAUAAUUCGCUACCUUCUUAACUGCAUUGGUCUCUUCUCCCCCACUCCUAACUACGCUGUUGAGUCUCUCAACAUCAUAGACACCAAAUCGAUCUUGGCUGUCUGCUAUGAUGAGCCUGCCUCCUCCUCAUUACCCUUAAUCUCUCAAUCCCUUGUCAAGCAAACAUCCGUUGCCAUUAUUGACGUAGACGGCAAGUUGAUUGGUGAGAUCUCGCCAUACGUACUGAACUCUUGCAACGAGUCAGUGGCUGCUGCAAUUGCUACUCUCUCUACUGGGGAUUUUAUGGCUUACAUAGACUGUGGUGACCCACCAGAGGAUCUGAUACGGUUGGUUAAGGAAAGACUGGAAGAGAGGAAUUUAGGUGAGGCUCUGGAGUUGCUGGAAGAAGAAUCAGAAAUUUCGGCAUCCUCAUCUGACGAGGAGUUUGGGCUGGGUAGGAGUGGGAGGUUAGGUAGGCGUUCAUCAAGAGUGGUGAGCAAUACUGAUGCAAUUGUGUGCUUUCCAUGGAGCUCCUUGGUGGCAGUAAUGAUUCAGGCACUUUCUCAUCGUGUGAGUAAUGUGUGGGUUGUUGAAGAGGAUGGCACUUUGGUAGGAAUAGUUACCUUUGCAGGAAUGAUGAAAGUUUUCCGAGAACGUUUGAAGUCAAUGAUGUAGGGAUUCAAAAAAAUAUCAGAGAAAUAAAGAACUGCCAAAACCAUAUUGAAAACCAACGUUCCUUGGAAAAUUUUUUAUUUUCUAGUCUUAACUUCUUUUGAGAGUGAGAUUAUACUUUCUUCAUUGGUAGUUUAAUGAGUACUGUUAGCCUGCUAGGUUUGAAGUAAUUAUGAAAAUGAUGGAGCUUGUGGCUUUCCAUGAUUCUGUGUUCCAAGUGUAUUUGCUAUGUAAAGGUUUAAUUAAAACAGGGUGCAAUGGAAGGAUUACGAAUAUGAGGAGUUCAGUAA